AUGACCCCGAUCAAUGAGGAACCAAUGGCAUGUCCUGAAUCUAUCACAUUUUCCAAAUCACCUUGCCCCAAACUCUAUCCAGGCAAUAUACCAAAAUUCAUUAGUCUUAAUCGAUUAAUCCUUUUACUCACUGAUGAAACAAGAUUUGAGCCAUUCUUUGUCAAAGUAUUUUGGUUAUGUUAUAGAAGCUUUGUUAAACCUAAAUUCGUUCUCCAGAAACUAUUAGAGAGAUUUGAUGUUCCUCCUCUUAAUUCUUCAUCCGAGAGUGCAACUGUUCCGAUUGGUCAGUAUGAAUCUCUUGACGAAUAUCAUUAUCACACAGAUCUGAAAUCAAAUGCUCAAAUAAUUACAGCAAAAUUAAUAUUAGAGUGGGUAGAAAAUCAUUACUAUGAUUUUGAUGAUAAGAUGAUAAGGCAACUUACUAACUUUUGUAGUACUAGAAUGAUUGAAAGUCCUGUUUCUUUUAUUGCAAAAAGAACACUGCUUGCAAUGAAAGAUGCCAGUCGAUUACAUCCUUGGCAAGAAGAUGAAAAAAGAGAAAAAGAGUUGGCAGAAAAAAAGGACAAGAGAUCCUCAACAAGGUUAGAACAAAGAUUGACCCUAUUGAAAGUGGAUGCAAGAGAUUUUGCAGAGACUCUAACAGCGAUGGAUCACUCUCUUUACAAAAAGAUUAAAUUCACUGAAAUGUUGGGUCAAUCUUGGAAUAAGGAGAAGAAAAAAUUCAUGGCUCCAAAUAUUAUUUCAGUAACAACAUUAUUUAAUAAGGUCAGCAGUUAUGUAGUAUUUCAAAUUGUCAGCGAAUCAAACCCAAUGUUUAGAAAAAAAAUGAUUGAAACAGUUAUCAAAACAUGUGAACAUUUAAAGGAUUUGAAUAGUUUCAAUAUGAUUAUGGCAAUUUACAGCUCAUUGGGAACAUCAUCAGUUUCCCGUCUUGUCGAUACGUGGAGCCUUCUUGAAGAGAAAACUCAAAAACAAUAUGAGGAUAUUUGUAAAUUUUGUUCUCAGGAUAUAAACUAUAAAAGUAUGAGAGAUGCCACUGACAAGUGCUUUGUUGAAGGAGAACCAGCAACUCCAUACAUUGGGAUUUACCUCAAGGAUUUUUUGUUUGCUGAUGACGGUAACCCAACACUUGUGGAUGGCAAACUAAAUUUUUACAAAGCAAUCAGUCAAUAUGCAAUCAUGUACAAUAUAUUAAGGUUUCAAGAUCGUGACUAUGAAAUAAUUCCAAAAGAAGAAAUUCAAGCAGCCAUUGAUUCUUACAAACCAAGAGGAGAAGAUGAGUUAUAUAACAUGUCACUAAAAAUUCAACCAAGAAAAUAA